CUGUGCUGUUUGCCGCGCGCCGAGAGAGCUCGUGUCCAGCAGUGAUCGCAGAUUAUAGCGCGCUCUCGACUCCAGCUCGUCUCGCGCUGCUCAGGACCCCCUCUAAGGUUUUUAAAUUUCCCACUCCAGUACGUGUCACAUCCGGUUCAGCACCACUGCUUGGCCCCGCUUCUCAAAUUUCCUGCCCACACCUACUCUCUCGUAUUAACCAGCCAAGUUUGUCUAGUGAUGAAGUAAUAUUUUCGCCGCUUUCCUGCUCAUCCCCACAUUCGCGGUCGGAACGCCGGUCCAGCAGCACAGAGGACGAGGAGGCGUCGAGAAGCGGACAUGAGAUAAAUAUGCAAAGAGGCGGCUCCGCAAACCAUUCCAGUCUCAUUUUUUCCAUUAUUUUGGCGCUGAAUUAAAUAUAUACGUACAUUCAAGAGGAGCGUCUGAUAGAGAGCCGGACAGCAGCACCGAAAGCAGCUCUGCAUGUGAUAUCCUCGGAUCAGGUGGCAUCGGCGGCAGAAGAUGCAGCCCGCGAGCAAGCUCCUGAGUCUCACCCUCCUGGUACUGAUGGGCACUGAACUCACCCAAGUGCUGCCUGCUAACCCAGAGGACUCGUGGCAGGUGUACAGCUCAGCUCAAGACAGCGAGGGCAGGUGUGUGUGCACUGUUGUGGCUCCUCAGCAGACCAUGUGUUCACGGGAUGCCAGGACCAAACAACUGAGACAGCUCCUGGAAAAAGUCCAGAAUAUGACUCAGUCCAUCCAGAAUCUUGACCAGAGGACCCAGAAAGACCUGCAGUAUGUGCAAAGAAUGGAGGUGCAGUUGAGAGGCCUGGAAUCCAAGUUCAAACAGGUGGAGGAAAGCCACAAGCAGAAUAUCGCCAAGCAAUACAAGGCCAUAAAAGCGAAAAUGGAGGAACUUAGGCCAAUGAUACCAGUGUUGGAGGAAUACAAGGCCGAUGCAAAAUUGGUUAUGCAGUUUAAAGAGGAGGUCAAGAAUCUGACAUCAGUGCUAAGUGAACUGCAGGAGGAGAUCGGGGCCUUUGACUACGAGGAGCUUCACAACAGGGUGUCUAAUCUUGAGGAGAGGCUUCGUGCAUGCAUGCAAAAAUUAGCUUGUGGGAAGCUGACAGGGAUAAGUGAUGCUAUAACCAUGAAAACAUCUGGAUCAAGAUAUGGAUCCUGGAUGACUGAUCCGCUUGCCCCUGACGGUGAUACGCGGGUGUGGUACAUGGACGGUUACCACAACAACCGCUUUGUCCGGGAAUACAAGUCAAUGGUCGACUUCAUGUAUUCGGACAACUUCACCUCACACCGGCUUCCUCACCCCUGGUCGGGCACAGGACAGGUGGUCUACAACGGCUCCAUCUACUUCAAUAAGUUCCAAAGUAACACCAUCAUCAAAUUCGACUUCAAGACAGCCACCAUCAGCAGGUCCGGUCAGCUGGACUACGCCGGCUUCAACAACCGUUACCACUAUUCCUGGGGCGGUCACUCCGACAUUGACCUCAUGGUGGACGAAGGUGGGCUUUGGGCCGUCUAUGCCACCAAUCAAAACGCAGGGAACAUUGUCAUCAGCAAGAUCAACCCACUGACCCUGCAGGUCAUCAAAAGCUACACCACCAACCACCCAAAGAGGAGCGCUGGUGAGGCCUUCAUGAUCUGUGGGACACUUUAUGUCACCAACGGAUACUCAGGAGGGACAAAAGUCUACUAUGCUUUCCAUACCAACUCCUCUACUUACGAGUAUAUUGACAUCCCCUUACAGAACAAGUAUUCCCAUAUCUCCAUGCUGGAUUAUAACCCUAGGGACAGAGCUCUUUACGCAUGGAACAAUGGACACCAGGUGCUGUAUAACGUCACCUUGUUCCACGUCAUUCGCUCUGAGGAACUCUAAAUGACAUUCUUCAUCCCUUCGACACAUACAGUAGCACUGAUGAAGUUUAUUACUGAAAAAAAGAGUAAUGCCUGAUGAUUGUUCAAUAAAAUAAGACAAAAAAAUGUAUCAAAAGUAAUAGUUAAUGGCAACAUAAUGAACAGCUGCCAAAAGUCAUUUUUCUUUUGUAAGCUUUCCUUAGAUAAUUGUAAUUGAAAUUUUCACUGCA